AGCUUGUCGCCUACCUGCCCUCCAUGUCGCGCUUUGUCCGAGCUGGACUGUCCGACGACCUCACCCUGAGCCCAGAUGUCCGGAUCCACGUCCUUGUCCCGCUGUGCGCCGUCGUCCUCUUCAGCGGCCUCAUCCGCCAUUACCUCGCCCGCUACCUCCAAAAACCGCCAAAGGAGCAGCCCCUCCUCGUCGUCCGCGAGCAGCGAGCCCUCACCCGCGCCCAGGUCCUGCGCGCCAACAGCUCGCACCUCGCCCCCGCCGCCUUCAACGCGCUCCGCUCCCACCUCCAGGUCGCCCUCGAGGAUGGCUCGUACCUCAAGAAGCCCGCUCCGCCCGAGGGCUCGUCGCCGGCCAACCCGCUCGACAACCCGCAGGACAUGGAGCAGAUGAUGGACGGCAUGACCGACAUGAUGAAGAAGCAGGCCGUCGGCUUUGUCCCUCAGAUGGCCACCAUGUACCUCGUCAACAAGUUCUUCGCCGGCACGCUCCUCGCCCGCAUCCCCUUCCCUCUCCCUCUACGCUUCAAGGAGCUCCUCCAGCGCGGCAUCUGGCUCCCCGAGGUCACGCUCGACGCGUCGUGGUGCUCGGCAACGUCGUGGUACUUCCUCUGCAUGUUCGGCCUCGGGCCCGUCUACCAGCUCCUCGUCGGCGACUCGAGCGCGACGCAGAUGGUGGCGAUGAACCCGAUGAUGGGCAUGGCCGGCGGGAGCGGCGGUGCGGCGCCCGUCAUGCCCGGCGCGCCCGGACAGGACUUUGUCAAGCUGUUCCGCGGCGAGCGCGAGAACCUUGACAUUGUCGAGUACGCGUGGGCGAGCGACGGCGUCGAGGACCGGCUCCUCGGCAUGUUUGCGUCGUAGACGAGCGGCCUGCAACGAAAACUUGGUGUACCGGUC